CGAUCAGCUGGAUAUGUAUUGUUGUUUUUUGUUGGUAUGGCAAAUUUGUUGCCGUUGUAUUUGACUUUGUGAUAUUUUAAUGAACGAGUGAUUUAAGAUUUUUCCGUAAAAUAAACAUGGAUUUCUUAACCAUUGCAACCCUUUUUUAUUCGGUAUCUUUGGCAAUUAGUGGCCAAGAGGAGAGCGAGGGCGUUAAAUAUGCAAGCAAAUGCGAAGUGUGCAAAAUUCUAUCGACUGAGCUUGAAGGGCGUCUGGAGGAGACAAGCAAAACCAGCGAAGUUAUUGAGACUGGCUAUUCAAUAGAGAAGUCCAAAAAGAAGACGCAAUACACAAAAUCGGAGCUCAGACUAGUUGAGUCUUUGGAGGGUCUGUGCGAACGGGUGCUGGAUUACAAUCUGCACAAGGAAAGGGAGGACAGCACCAGGUUUGCCAAAGGGAUGAGCCAAACCUUCAAAACUCUGCAUGGGCUUGUUGACAAGGGAGUCAAAGUCGAGCUUGGUAUACCGUACGAACUUUGGGACAAACCUCCAGCAGAAGUUACUAACAUGAAAACCCAGUGCGAGACGCUGCUGGAGCAAAACGAAGAAGCAAUUGAGGAGUGGUACUUCAACCAUCAAGGCGAAGUGCCGCUGCAAACCUACCUCUGUUCGGAGAGAGCCCUGAAAGGAGAUGACGACUCUUGCCUGCUGGAGCAGCCCUCCGAUGACUCAGUGGUCAAAGAGAAAAGUGAUAAAACAGAGCUCUGAUUUGGCUGGUGAUUUCUCUUCAUUCCAUUCAUUUUCAAGCAGCAUAGAGAUCUCCACCAGAUUUUAUUGAUUGAGAUCAAUAAAACUUGAUAAAAAUUCACCACAUUCUUGAUACAUUUGUAAUUUAUAACUUAAAAUUUCUACCAAAUUUUGUUACAAUGCUUAUUGUCACAAAGAACUUUUUUCGUUUAAAUAAUGAUUAAUAUGUUUAUAUGUAGCACUUGUUUUUGCAUUAAAUUUGGCUAAUUAAUCAU